AUGAUCAAACGGUUUUUCUCGGUGAGCAGCUCCCCUGCUCGCGAGUUCGCCCACAUCAUGCGUCGGCGAGUGAAGGCUCCUCGCGAGGUUAAUGUUGGAGACCCGCACAGCAAGAUUUACCGUAACUCGCCUGAAGUGCCUCCUUACCCGUACGGAAAGGCCACUUUUUAUAAACAAUCGAACCGGGGUCUGUAUGGCGGCAAAGUUCUACAGUUUGGCCACCAAAUCAGUGACUACGGUAACAAACACGUUCGUGUUUUCCGUUUGAACGUGCAAAAAGUCAGCCUUUGGAGCGAGAUACUGCAGAGAAAUGUUCCUAUCCGAGUAGUCACAUCAGUGCUCAAAACCAUUACCCGCGAGGGCGGUCUUGACAAUUAUUUACUCAAAGACAAAGCCGCUCGUAUCAAGGAACUGGGGCCUGCUGGCUGGGCUUUGCGAUAUGAAGUUCUUAAAAAGCUAGAGCAAGUUGAGCGUACUGCACCCAAGCCUAUUGGUGAGAUUGACGGCAAGCCGCUCUACGCCAAGGUCCAGCGCAACGGUGUCGAAUACGGUGUUGUUGUCGGCAAGACCCGUCUUUUGAAGGAGCUCCAUACGGCCGAAAACUAUCCCUCCACUCUCAAAGCGUUCAUGAACGAUCACCAGAAUGCGUCCAUUGAUGACAUUUUGACAAAGUUGGCAAACCAUACGGAUAUUAAUCCUUAUAUUGUUGCACUUUAA